UCAAUUAGAGUGUAAAAACGUUACGCUCCCACGAAAAACAAACGGAAUCGCUAGAAACGCCAGAAAUCAUCCGUAUCCGCCGUCAUCAGACAUCCGCUCGCAGGAUACAACCAAAAUAAUACAUAUACACACCGUCGCACAACGAAUAAGCCAUAUAGCCAUUGCAGGAAACUAGCCAAAGCGUCGAAAUUCCACCAUAAUUCUCGAUUUUCAUGUGCUCCGAUCGAAAAAUCGUGCUGGAACUCGGGCACAAGGACUGGCGGCAGGACUAGGAGCAACAGUCGCGGUGGCAACGUCGAGACGCAUGCACGCUCCAUGCUCGCCGCUGGCUGAUGGCCAAAGGACUCGGAAUCGCAAUCGCAAUCGGAACUGGAACGCCAGAGAGCAGAGCACCACUACCGUCUGUCGACGAAAUCAACUGAAUUGAGCGCCGAAAGAAAGCGGAGGGAACACUGCGCCGCAUCAAGUAUACGCCCCAUUGCGCCCACCUGUGGACAGAGUGCAGCAUGUCAACUUCAAAGCAUCACCAACACCAUUGCCGAGUCGUCUGCGUGUGGCUUCUCCUGGUGCUAUCAUCACUAUCGUCGGCCAGCAUCGCUGUGGGUGCAAUCCCGGAGCCGGAGGAGGCGGCCUUUCAAGGCCACUGUGGACACACCAGCCCCUGCGAACAACUAUGCUACGAGAUCCACGAUGGAAUGUACGAGUGCGACUGCAUCGAGGGCUACGAGCUGAACAAGAACGGUUACAGCUGUCAAGUAAUUAACGCCACUUCCAACAGUUUGGAUGGGCGUGGCAAGUCGGACGAGGAUGUGCUCUACCAGAAGGGCGCCUCGUUCAGCGCCAAGUUGGCGAACGACGAUGGUGGCAAGGCGAUGGCCAAGUCCACGUUCACCCUAUCCGCCUCGCCGGCGGGCAACGAAAACGGAGAGGAUGAGUCCGGAUCCGAGGGCGACAGCUACGAUUACGGCGAGCUGGAGGACAGCAACUCGGAGACACAGGAACAGAAGCAGCAAUUGCUGAAUCUUCAGCAGCAACAGCAACAGAAAGUCAAUUCAAACGAUUACUACAUAUCAGCGGAGAGCAUCAACUUCAAUUCGGAGUCCGAGGGCCAGGAGCAGCAGGAUGUGGUCGACUUCAAGGCGGCCAGCACGAUGCUGCCCAGCUCAGUGCCCUCCACGCCCAGCAGAAGCACGACAAGGGCAACCGCCAGCACAACCACGACGACCACGACCACAAGGCGAUCCCCCACCAGGGCGCCCAAGCAGCGCGUGGAUGUGGACUAUGGCGAGGGCGAUGGCAGCGAUGACUAUAGCUACAGCUAUAAGUCGGACAUGUCCGUCUACGACGAUGUCAACAAUAAUCAAUUAAACUUAAGACGCAACAGCAAAUCGCAAACAUAUCAGAAGACAAGCAAUACCAACACGGCCAAGAACCGCAGGAAGUACCCCAACGUAACCAGCAACAAGGUCCAAAUGCAUAUCACGAGGGAGACCAACCGACUUGAGAACAUAUCAGCAGCGGAACCGGCUGUCGUGGGAGCAGCCAUGACAACAGACAGGAGCACUCCCACAUGCAAUCUGGAUUGCGGUUCCGAUGGAAUCUGUGCCUUGGAGGCAACUGCCGCCAGUUCUCGUUGUCUUUGUCCCUUUGGCAAAACGGGCACUGGCUGUCAGGAAGAUAUUCGAGCCCAUGUGCCGCGUUUCGCCAAGCGAUCCUGGCUAGCAUUUCCGGCGCUCCAUGGCGCCUACAAGCACGUCCAACUGCGCAUCGAAUUCCGUCCAGAGUCCUUUGACGGCAUUAUCCUGCUGAGCGGAGAGCGCGAUGACCUCACCGGUGACUUUAUGGCCCUGCUACUAAACAAGGGCUUCGUGGAGUUCUGGUUUGACUGUGGUUCCGGCGUGGGCAGCGUUCGAUCCCGGGAGACCAUCCUGCUGAACGAAUGGAACUCGGUGAUCAUCUACCGGCAUCGAUGGGAUGCCUGGCUGGUACUCAAUCAUGGAACCAAGGUCCAGGGAAGAUCGAAUGGAUUGUUCUCACGCAUCACUUUCCGGGAACCAGUUUUUCUGGGUGGAAUUGGCAACAUAACUGGAUUGGCCAAGCGUCUACCUCUGGCCGAGGGAUUCGCCGGCUGCAUUCGUCGUUUUGUGGCCAACGAACAUGACUACAAGUUCACAGACCAUCCCCUGGGCGAUGUCAUCAAUGGAUUCGAUAUACAGGACUGUUCCACCGACAAGUGUGUGAGGUAUCCUUGCCAGCAUGGUGGCAAGUGCCUGCCUUCAGACCAAGGCGCCAUAUGCCUAUGUCCAAUAGGCUUUGUUGGAGAUCUGUGUGAGAUUCGAAUGGAUCUACAGGUUCCCGCCUUCAAUGGCUCAUCUUUCCUGCGCUACGCUCCACUGGGCGAUAGUGCCCUCAUUUGGUUGGAGCUAAAGGUUACCCUUAAGCCCGAGCAAGCAGAUGGCUUGAUCCUGUACUCGGGUCCAGAGCAUCGAGGUGACUUUAUAGCCCUCUACCUCAACGACGGCUUUGUGGAGUUCGCCUUUGAUCUCGGCAGUGGUCCAGCUUUAGUGCGGAGCGAACAUUCCCUCAGUCUGGGUCAAUGGCACACCAUCAAGAUCUCGCGAACAGCUCGACUGGCGGUGCUCAAGGUGGAUAAACAUCAGGAGGUCUUAACCAUUUCUUCGAACGGUUUCUGGCACUUGUCGCUGGACCAGAAUCUCUUUGUGGGUGGCGUUAACCACGUGGAUCGUCUGCCUUUGGACCUCAAGUACAAACCCUUCUUCGUUGGCUGCAUCCAGAGGAUCGACAUCAAUGGCCACUCGCUGGGCAUUGUGGCGGAGGCAUUGGGUGGCAGCAACAUCGGCAACUGCCCCCACGCCUGUGUGGCACGACCCUGCGGCCCCCUGGCGGAGUGCGUGCCUCAAAUGGAGAGCUACGAGUGCCGCUGCAGCAUCCACAAUGAGCGCUGCAACAAGGCCGCCGAGGUGCCGCCCGAGCAGCUGCCCGUGCUGGCUCUCCACAAGUCCAAGGUCCUCGAGGCGAAGGACAAUGGGGAGGCGGCGAAGAAGGUGUCUGGAUUGGCGCACAAGAAGCAUUCCAAAAAGCACAGGAAUUUGCAUAAGCCAACCCCUGCCAAGAGCACGACCACAAGCACCACCUCAACCACCACCACGACCACUGAAGCGCCUUCUGAGAGGACAGAGGAAGCCACUGCGGGGGCGCUAAGCAACGAGGAAAUCGAAGAUGAUAUUAUAUUCCGUCUUGUGCAGCAGCAACAGCAGCAGAAAGAGCUCAAGAAGCAGCAUCAGCAGACGACUACUACUGCCCCAGCCACCUCAGCCACAUCCAGUGGUCCACCUAAAGCAAAGCCCAGGCUUUCAGGGAAGCACCAUGCCAGCAAGCACGAGCACCAUCAGAAGCCCAAUGCUGCCUUCACCCGCAAGCUGAGUCGCCUGCCCACCCACUACGAGAGUUUCCAGACGAACCCCGACAGCGAUAUCCUCACCUUCGAGGACAACAAUGACUGGGUGACCAGUCUGCAGCAGCAGGAGUACGACGAUGCCAUGGCGGCCAGUCAGGUGCCAUUGGCCUUUGAGGAUGGAAGCCCCGGUACUCCCAGGUCGAGUGACAACAACGAAGAUGACGAGAACGCCUUUGUGUUCGAUGAGUCUCUUUUUGACGCCUCCGAUGGAACGGAGGAGUACCAGCGCAAGCAACUGGCCCAGGACAUGAAGCGCAUCAUGUCAAAUUCGAAUGCGCACUCUAGUCACAAGAAGGCAGAGGUCCAGUUUCCACCUCAAGGUAGUCAAGAAGUGGUUUCCCCCAACGAAGACACCUCUCAGUACAGCGACGACUACAACGAUGAUGAGCUUUUGACGCCAGUUAUGCAGGGCGGUGAGGAAGUCAAGCUGGAACCGCAUGCCUCCAGCACACCGCAGACCCACACCGACUGGAGUCUUCUGAAGAAGUUCGACCUGUCCGCCGAGCACCAGUCGCAGGUUCAGGGCGUACGCAAGAAUUUCGGAGCUUGUUUCGCCGGCAGCGACAGCUAUUUCCACUACAAUGACGCGGACACCAUGAGCCAGGUAAUCAGCUACAGCAUCGAUCUCAAUCUGCGCAUCAAGACGCACUCGGAGAACGGCGUGAUUCUGUGGACAGGACGCCAGGGAACGACGGAGGAACACGACGACUACCUCUCGCUGGGCAUCGAACAGGGGUACUUACACUUCCGCUAUGACUUGGGAUCUGGUGAGGUUGAUAUCCGCUUCAAUGGCACCAAGGUCAGCGAUGGUCUGUGGCAUCGCGUGAGAGCCAUAAGAAACUCUCAAGAGGGCUAUCUGGAGGUGGAUGGCAGAAAGACAGUCACUUUGCGGGCGCCUGGUAAACUCCGCCAGCUUAACACGGACACCGGUCUGUACGUGGGUGGAAUGCCCGAUGUGGGUUACUUCACGCACCAGCGCUACUUCAGCGGCAUUGUCGGCUGCAUCUCGGAAAUCGUCCUGGCCGGCGAAAUGAAACUCAACUUCGAUCCAAAUACGCUGGGAACGGAGCACAAUGUGGAGACGGGCCUCCUAUGAAACGCUGCACGCACGCCUCAAGACUUUUGAUAUCGACUAGUUUAAAUUAUAUGUUAAACCACACAAAUGUCCUUCGUCGAUUUGUGUUUGUACAAAUACGCUUUUAAAACCAAAAAAAAAACAGAGAGAAAUCGAAAUUGCAGAGUUAGGAUGAGGAACAUUUUUUUACACCACGAUACGGAGGAGAGACGAACUAAAUCUAGAUGGGAAACAUACUACAUAUUAUAUACACGCAUAUUGAGUAUAUACAAAUGGGCAUACAUAGAUAUAUAUAUAUAUACAUAUAUAUUUAAAGCAGAGGAAAACAAUUCGAAAAACCAAGGCACGCUUCUUAUAGAGCCUGUGACUGUCAAUACUUCAGAUCGGAAUAGUUUAUAUAUAACUUUAGCAAAGGAUUUAUAUCGGAGGCGUAGUUCAUAUAGAAUAUGAAACAAGAUCGGAAAAAUCGGAGUAACCGAGCUGUCCAUUUGGAGCGAUUUGCGAACUUAACGAAAUUAACGACAAACGAUUAACGAAUUAACGAAUGGCGUAAGAGAUACUUUAGUGUGUGGUCGCUUUUUUUGAACGAACCGUUACGCUUUACAUGCAGAGCUGCCAUCUUUUUGUACCACAUAUACACACAACGACUACUCACACACACACACACUACAAGCACAGAAGAACUAACACGGUUACAAAUGCAAAUUGGCAAUUCUUUCGUUUUUCGCAUAGCUGUACCUUAAACUAUAAACUGUAAACUGUAUAACUGUACAUUCUGUACUAUGUGGCACUUCUUGGAAGGUCCAGUCCAAAAACGAACGAAUCAAAGACCGGAAACGAGAUAAAUCGCGAUAUGUAGGUGGAAGUGGGAUGCGAUGAGAUGAGGAAACAAACAUAUUAAGUGGUAAGUUAAUAAAUGUGUAGCGUGUACUAGCUUGUAAGUCGGCACACUAACACACACACACACACACACACGAACGAAACACACUCACAAACACACGCCUGCCUAUAUUAACUUUUAUAUCAAAAUCGUAAGAUACUAAAGACACCAAAGAUACUUAAGACAUACGUAAGAACACCAAAACAAACACACUAUUUAAACACUUGAAAAAGCGCUGAGUCAGAAUUGAAACUAGUGGGCGAUUUUUAACAAUUUAUACUAUACAAUAAAACACUCACAACAACCACAAACAACAGACAAAAACAAAAACAACAAGAACAACUAGCUAAUGGAAACCAAACAAAAAACGAACGCAAAGCAAUUUAACAAUCCCAUAGCGAAAUUUUUAAAUGCGAGACAAACAACUAAUCCGAAUAGCCUGUUGAAACAAUUGUAAAAGAGCGAACAAAGUAUGGUAUAUGGUAAAUGGUAAAUAAAAAUAACUAACUAAGGAGGUGGAAUCGUUUGUAUUCGUCUUAUGAAUAUAAUUUUGUAGCUUAAUGAGAUAACAACCACGUAUGUAGUUAUAUAUACAUCAUAAACACAUAUGCGUAACUAUAUAUGACUAUGAGAAACUAUAGAAACAAUGGCGUAAAAUGAAUAAAGAAAUCACAACCACCAAUCAAUGUAAAACUAAAUUAAACGACAUUCAAUGUAGCUUAUUUAUAUAACAAAUGAAGAUCGCGGCAUUGAGAUAUUUAAUUUCGUACAUUGGUUUGCAGAAAAUAAAUUAAAAAAGGAUUAUAAA